AACAUCCUCCAACCUCUACAAACAUCCCAACAACCUCAAUUCCUCCUUCUCCCCGCUACAAACCCGCCGUCCCAGCUUCCCGUGAUACCCAAUUUCCACUCACCUUCCUUCUCACCUGCCAAAAUGUCCACCAUCAAGUCUAUCCGCAGCAUUGCGCCCCUCCUCGACCGCAUCCUCGUGCAGCGCAUCAAGCCCGAAGCCAAGACCGCAACUGGCAUCUUCCUCCCGGAGACAGCCGUCAAGGACCUCAACGAAGCAAAAGUCAUUGCCGUCGGCCCCGGCGCCUUUGACAAGGACGGAAAGCGCGUCACCCCCAGCGUGCAACCCGGCGACAAGGUCUUGAUCCCACAAUUCGGCGGCAGCCCCAUCAAGGUUGGCGAGGAGGAAUUGAGCCUGUUCAGGGACCAUGAACUGCUGGCCAAGAUCAACGAGUAAAUGGAGGGAGACUCUUGUGUAGCAUAGCGAGUGGCUUCGUAUGAAUCCCACUUGUAUAACUUUUUUGUAUCAAUACCCCCCCUUCUCUCCCAAACCAGAUUUAGACCUUCCUCAGCCACCCGCCCCGCUUUCCGGUUUGGAUCCCACGAAAAAAAAAAGAAAGAAAAACUCACACAUUGUGACUAGCAUGAUUGCCGCGGCCCGUCUUAGUCAUAUAUGUAUAAUUGGGCUUGGGCCAAAAAAAAACCAUACAUUUUUGGUGUCUGGAAAGCUAAUUCUUCAAUGCAUGUAUUUAACAAGAUGACGGUUCAAAAUGGUUGAAUGGGAGACACGAAACGAACGAACGAAAUGAAAUAAGAAAUCUCUGCUCUAAUUGCAAACCCAAGAAACGUAUGUGUUGCGUAAGAAACGAAUUGUGAAUAUUGAGUUCCGUUGGAUAGGCAAAAAUUGCAAUCAAAAAAGUACGUAUUC